AUGAGCUUCUUCAUACCAAAAGAAACUGAAUUACCUCAUAAAUUUGGAUUUGAUGUUGCAAAAUCAUGGCUUAAGAUUCCUUCCCAGGAUAAUCUUAAGUCAGCUGCAAGUUGCAAGCAAUCAGGGCAAAAUGAGAAGGCUGGUCGACUGAAAAAGGAUGACUCUGCUGGCAAUAUCACUGGAAGCCAUUCUCAUAAUUCAUCUUCACGUUAUAAUUCAGAUUACUCUAAACUUCAUCGUCAGCAUUCAUUUGAAAAUUAUCAAGAAAACAAGCGUUACUUAACCAGUCAGCCCAAAUAUCGGCAUCAUUCAGUUGAUGAUGACUACUAUUCUUAUCCAUAUGGUCAUUACAAUAAUUACUAUAAUGGUUACAACACUGGCUAUGAGAAAUACAGUAUGCAGUAUGGCUCUCAACCAUCUUUAUUAAGACCUCCCAGCAGGCAAGAGAGCGGAAAAUAUCAGCACCCUAAUUCUCGUUUUACUGGUCAGGUUGCUGGCUACACUAAUUAUUAUGAUGUCUACCAACAAGACUACCACCAUGGAGAUCCUUAUUACAAUCCAUAUCUAGGUCGACCAGGAAAUGGUAGAAAGAAUUUAUAUGAACGUGAAAAUCGACUUGGCAAUCCCAAAAAUGAAGGAAUAGGCAGCAAAGACAGAGACUAUGUUGACAGGUCGAACAAAGACACAAGCAAAGAUAGAAAUUUAUUCAAUGAUGAAUUUCCACUGUUAAAUGGUAGAGAUGAAGUUUAUAAUCAAAGCAACUACCUAUCAACCAAUGGUAACAGUGUAUGGGAUAACCCAUUAGCAUCAAAGUCUGGGAACUAUUUCUCUAAAAAUGAAAUAAAUUUUGGAGAUUAUCAAGGACCAAGAGACAAUGAUCGAUCUCGCACCGGAAAUGGCAUCUAUAAAUUUAUGACUCCAACCAAGUCUUCAUCUUCACCUUGUCCCAAUGAUAAUCGUAAUAACCCUAAAGUGGCCAGUCAACAAGAUACUUCAACUGAUAGGGAAAUGUUAAAAGAUGCUACAGAUCUCAGUCUAGAAGACAAUGACAGUCAGAGGUUGUCUGGAAAACAAGGAAAUCAAAGCUUUGGAUGUAAUUCUCCUGAAGAAUUGGUGAAUGGUGUUGAUCUGUUGUCAGUGAAAGACAAUGGCAGAUCAUUCUUGUCAAGCUCAUUAGAGGCAGAACAGAGACUCUUACGACAGAUGGGAUGGAAUGAAACAGAGGAGGAUGAAUAUGUCAUUACUGAAGAUGAUAAAAAGGAAUUUCAAAAACUAACAAAUCAAGCAAAGCAGCAGCAAAGAAAUAGUCUGGUUCGUCCUCUUCCCAAAACUUGGAGUCCAAAGCAUAUUCCAGUUUAUCAGCCGAACGCACAGGAAUUAAAUGAGGUUUCCUCAUCUGACAGUGAUUCUGAAGACUCGUGCUGA